AUGACUGGAGGCAAAUCCGGAGGCAAAGCCAGCGGCAGCAAGAACGCGCAGUCGCGCUCUUCGAAGGCUGGACUUGCCUUCCCCGUCGGUCGUGUUCACCGUUUGCUGCGCAAGGGUAACUACGCUCAACGUGUUGGUGCUGGUGCUCCGGUUUACUUGGCCGCUGUUUUGGAGUAUCUCGCUGCUGAAAUCCUGGAGUUGGCUGGCAACGCUGCCCGUGACAACAAGAAGACUCGUAUCAUUCCUCGCCAUCUCCAGCUUGCCAUUCGCAAUGAUGAGGAAUUGAACAAGCUGCUUGGCCACGUUACAAUUGCGCAGGGUGGUGUCUUGCCCAACAUUCACCAAAACCUUCUACCCAAGAAGACUCCCAAGAGUGGAAAGGGUCCUAGCCAGGAGCUUUAA